CGUAAUAGAAACAAACAGUGUACAGGCGCAGUAACGGAGGUACAACCAAAAGCAUCCAGUGAGUAAAGGGAUGCUGCAGGAGGGAAGAAGAGCGUUCAUGCUGGACCGCAGCCGACCUUAAUCCGCCUACAUCCUCUCUCUACCCUUUGCAUCCUUUUGUUGGUUGUUUUUGUCGUUGCCCUGCAUCAUGUUCCCGUCGUGCUGCUCCAAGGAGCCUACGGAGAGCGGCGUGAAGAGGAGGUCCGUGGCCAGGCUCCUCUUGGGAGUGUUCACGGUGUACCUGGCCCACACCGCAUGGCUGCUGUACAGCUUCCUCAACACCAAACCCUGCGAUGAGGGUCCAGGCGAAAUCUGCGUUAGCUCCUACCUGUCGGCCAGACCCAGAUUGCAGCUGAGUGUUUACACCUGCCUUGUUCCAGACAACAGUCAGCUCAACUUGGCUUUUAGAAUUGAUCCAUUUGAUCCUCACUCUGCAUUUGAGAGGCAGGUCAAUGUUGUAAUACCAGAAGAAACUCGAGCCAAUGGCAGCUUAUAUGCGGUGGUGUACAUCCACAAAGCCAACGUUUCACCUCUAGACGACAGCCGAGAGGUCCACCAUGCAGCUCUGCUUACCACCUACAUCAGCCCUGCCAAUACAAGCUCCAACUCAAAGCAUCCUAUAUCCCACUGGAGACCCCGCCUGUCAAUCACCAUGAUGUCAGAAGACUUCACCUUCAACAAGGCAGGACUACCCAGUGACGUGCGACGCUACAUUAGAAUCUCCCAAGAAGGCAGACGCAUCACCUACCUUCCUUUGCUGCUGAUCGACGAACUCAGCUUCAGAGUCAGGGAUCUAAUGGAGAUCAACAGAAGCACAGCUAAUCUUCCCCUCACUAUCUCCUACGAGGGGAUUUCUCUGAGGACGUUCAGAUUUUGGGUCCAUCUGCAUGAUGUGGUUUACUCCCUGCAACAGUUUGCCUUCUCAGAGGAGUACAUUGAUGAGAUUAAAGAAACCCUGGUGGGCUCCAACCUUUACCUGUUAGUGCUGACCGCCCUCAUCACAGCUCUGCAACUCAUUUGUGAAUUCCUUGCUCUUAAAAAUGAUGUCAGCUCCUGGAGCAAAAAGAAGAGCAUGGCAGGAAUGUCCCGGAAGUCUGUUUUGUGGCGGAGCUUUGGUACUUUACUGAUUUUCCUGCAUCUACUGGAGGAGACCAGCCUGUUGAUGAUACUUCCUGUCGGGUUGGCUGCAUGUGUGGAGGUUUGGAAGGUGUUCAAAGUAUUUGGAAUCAAUGUGCAUUGGAGACGUCUUUGUGUAAACAAGCUGGAUGAAGACGAGCGAAAAACCAUGGAGUAUGACACACAGGCGUCCACAUACUUGUCCUACUUAAUCUAUCCCUUGUGCAUCAGUGGGGCUAUUUUCUCGCUGGCCUACUUGCGUCAAAAAAGUUACUUCUCCUGGAUAAUUAACAGCCUGGUAACUGGAGUGUAUGCCUUCGGCUUCCUGUCAAUGGCACCGCAACUUUUUAUUAACCACAAGCUGAGGUCUGUGAGCCACCUGCAGGGGGCAGUGUUGAUGUACAGAGGGUUGAACACCCUGAUUUCAGACCUGUGCUCCUGUGCUGCAAUGUUCUCAUCAUCUGGAUCCUUUUUGACUUCUCAUCAACUCUCUUGUUUUAGAGAUGAGCUUUUCUUCCUCCUUUACCUCUACCAAAGACGGCGUUUCAUCUCAAAAGGCAGAAGGUCAGAGUGUGGAACCCAUGGCAAGAAAGUGAAGACUCAGUGACCAGCAGGGAAUUUGAUCGGACCAAUUUAUGCACAAAUAACCAGGAUCAAUUGCACUGAUAAAUAGCAUCGUCAAAUACAUCCACAUUAUUAUAUAUUUGACUUUCUUCUGCUUCAUAUGCAUGAGGAGAGUAGUUAUUUAACAUCUAUUUUGAUUAUGUUUCAGCUUACUGGGUGUUGUACCUGCGGCUAAUACUGUUUAUGUACUUCAUAUUACCAUGGCAACUGUAAAUAGAAGGAAUUCAAGCUGCAGACUGUAUGAAAAGCAGUGUAUUUUGUUAUUAUGGACUGUAAAUAAAAAUUGUGUAUAUACUGUA